AUGACCGCCAUCGGUAAGAUGGUAGCUGUUGGACUCCUGAACGCAGACUGCCAAGUCCUCCAUUAUCAAAAUUGGACUGCCCAAACUCAAACUUCGAUUCAUACGCUGGAGUGGUUGAUCGAUACAGUCCCCGGUGUCCUUAACACCCUCCACGACGGCGCUUUGUCCCUGGACCUCUCUCACUUCAACUUAGGAGGCUCAUUGACCACCGACGACUGGGAGGAUCAGUGGUUAAGCAUUAUCUUCCCCAUUGCUGGAACACCUGUCCUGAGGCUACUUCUUAGUAUUUCUGAACCCAUCUGCGUCGAACUAACUCCUCGACUUCCGUUCACUCCGCCGUUCUUGACCUUGAACGUGUUUGUCGACGCCCAGAGAUUCCCCGUUGCCGACAAUCCUUUCAUCGGUCUCGACGAUAUAACCAGGAACUCGUUAGCCAUCACGGGAUGGUUUGCCAACUACGUAUAUGCCAUGUUACCCAAAUGCAAGCCACAUAUGAAGAAGAAGUGUGAAGACUAUCCUGCCGACACAAAGCCGUUCCGAAAGCACGGGAAGAUAGCCUACGUCACUGGCUACUUCCAUGGUUUCUGCAACAAGAGCAUUGUCUUUUCUGAAAGCUGCACUUACAACCCUCUCGAGUUUGUCCCACUCAUCGAGAUCCUGAAGAUUGACUGGACUGCUGGUGAGCCAAGGCAGCACCCAGGAACCCGGGAUCUACUCGGCACACCAUCAAAGUCAGAGACCCCCGACCGUGGCAGGGGGAAGUUCAUCUUCGAUACCCUGGCUCAAAUGACUGCCAACGCGAAGGGGCCAACUACCCCAUCCAAAUCAAGUGGGUAA